GAAGUGGCGGCAGCGACGCGGGACCGCGAGCCGUGCUAACCCGGGAGAGGGCCCUCUGCAGCGACGCGAGUUUUCAGAGGAUGACGUCAGUGCCCAGAGCAGAAGAACAGGAACCAAUGAUGUCCCAGACUCAGGAUCAUCAAUUGCAAUCAAGUCCCAACCCUUUGGAAGUGUUGCCUAAAUCCUCUGCCUCCCUGGAGAUGACGCAAGGCAUUCCAACGGAAAAAAAUCACCUCGGCUGGAGCCCUGAGAAGGGGGAAAGUUGUGACGCCAACCAUCAGGAGAGACUUCAGUUGAUGUCACUUCAUUUGUCCCCCCAAGAACAGUCUGUCCGUCAUCAAGACAGAAGGCAAUCCUGGCGACGAGCAAGUAUGAAAGAGAUAAACCGACGGAAGUCAUUGGCUCCCUUUCACCCAGGCAUCACAGAGCUCAGCAGAUCCAUCAGUUUGAAGUUAGCAGGUAGCAAACGGCUUGGCGCUCUCCUGCUCUCCAGCUUCCAGUUCUCUGUUGAGAAACUUGAACCUUUCCUAAAGAGCACUAAGGACUUCAGCCUAGAAUGCUUUAGAGCGAAAGCAUCUUCUAUCUCUGAAGAAUUGAAACAUUUUACAGACAGGCUGGAAAGUGAUGGAACUCUACAAAGAUGUUUUGUUGAAGAUUCAAAAGAAAAAGCACCAGAUUUUUCACUAGAAACCUCAGUGGCUGAGGUGAAGGAAUAUAUAACAAAGUUUUCUUUGGAACGUCAAACUUGGGAUCAGCUCUUACUACAAUACCAGAAUGAGGUUCCACCCGAAGAGACGCCCAGGGGAUCAACUGAAACCAAAAUCACUGAAGUCAAAGUGGACCCCAUGACUUGUCUUGGCUCUUCCCAGAAGGAAGUCCUUCACACAAAGCCUGACUACCAGGAGAUUAUACGGAGUCAGAACCGUGUCUUUGCCUGCAUGGAGUUAGUGAUGGAUGAGCUGCAAGGGUCAGUGAAGCAGUUGCAAGCCUUCAUGGACGAAAGUACUCAGUACCUCCAGAAGGUGUCACUACAGCUCAAGAAGAGAAGCAUGGAGCAAUUAGAUUCUUCACCUGCUCGAAAACUGCUCAAACUACACCUGCAGAGCUCAUGACUACACAGUGAUCAGGGUCUUGUCGGCGACCUUACCUGUAGUUUCUGUGGUGAGCUGCCAGGGAGAGGACAGGGAAGAGUGCCUCCAUACAUGGCAAGCUCACAGCGGUUUCCUCAGAGCUGGAAAGUUCCAACUGCAGAGCACUUUGACUGUUUCUGAACGACAGAAUGUGUGUAUCCAGAAGAAUGUUGUUAGAGACACUUUCCAUAGGAAUGUGCAAAAUGCCUGAGAUGACCUUCAGAAACAGUGGCCCAUUCCUUUAAAGGCCCUCAGGGUCAGCACUUUUUAUCCCCUGAAGAUAUUGUCAAGUUUUAAAACAACCCAAAGACAUUUAGAACCAAUCUUAACGAAGUGUUCAAGGAGUCAAGUUGGGUUCUUGUCAUAAAAGAAUGAAGCUCAAGUUCUUAAGCGUGGCACUGAGGGUGGAGCGGGAAUGUUGUUGCAUGAUGGGUCUGUUUGGAUCAUGUCACAAAAUGCCCAUUUUCUGAAGUGUCCUAAUGUCUGUAGUGUGCUUAGUUUUUAAUACUGAAUUGACCUCCUGCAAUCUAAAUUUAUGACAAGAAAGGGCUGAGACGAUUUAAUUUUUUUCCCUAUGGUAAUUACCCAUUGCCCCGCUACGAAUCGACCCCAGGGCUUUGCAUGUUAAGCACGCAUUCUCACUGCAUCAUUAG